GUCAUUUGCCAACCCCAGAUUUAUCGAGUUUGCCCUUUUGCAGAUCGCCUUCUCUCGUGUUCAGGUCGUUACCUCAGAUAGCUUGAUAUUGCGUAUUUUAUCUCCACUGUACGACAACUCAAACACUGGGCCAUUCUCAAUACCUCAUUUCAGCACUGAUACCACAGUUUCCGACACAAUGGCAGGCUUGUUCACAUGGAUGUGGGACUGGUUAUUAUGGGUGUUCUGGGCGACAGAAAUGGAUGUCACCAUAAUAGGCUUGCAGAACGCGGGCAAGACAAGUCUGGUGCGGGUACUCGCAGGCAAUGAGUUCACCAUCGACACGCUACCGACGGUGGCUUUUAAUAAAAAGGAAGUCAAAAAGGGACAUGUUUCCAUCAAAUGUUGGGAUCUAGGAGGACAACCUCGUUUCCGAACUAUGUGGGAGCGAUAUUGCCGGGACGUCAAUGCUAUCAUCUUCGUGGUCGAUGCCUCAGAUAAAGACGCUAUUCCCGUUGCUAAGGAGGAACUGCACGCGCUUCUCGACAAACCAACCCUCGAGGGAAUUCCUCUACUCAUUCUAGGCAACAAAUCGGAUCUGCCCAACAAGCUAUCAGUGGACGAGCUAAUAGAUGAACUCGAUCUGAAGUCGGUGGUCCAUCGGGAAAUCAGUUGCUAUGGAGUCAGCGCCAAGGAAGAAACGAACCUUGAAGCAGUCCUUCAAUGGCUCGUUGCGAGAUCGGGGAAGUGAUGAAGCUACUCUAUGCCACGUUUGACCCUUUUUGGUAUAUACGAGGUUUCUUUCCCAGUGCGAGGGGAGCACAUUUUGUCACAACAUCGACGAGCAUCCGCAUGAGGGUACGAUUAUGCAACAUGUAAUAUUUACGCAAGCACACGAAGUUCGGCUGCUUACCGGACCUAAGCGUCCGACGACCUCGACUCCUCCCCAGGUCGGCAUCAACGAAGCGAGGACGGCGUGACCGUGGUGGCGACCAU